AUGCCUAGUUAUGUGAAGUUUAUGAAGGAGAUAUUGUUUAAUAAGAGAAAAAUAGAGGAUUAUGAAACUGUGGCUUUGACAGAAGAGUGUAGUGCCAUAAUUCAAAAGAAACUUCCUCAAAAAUUCGGUUUGGGGAAAGCUAGGCCCACUACGAUUACUCUACAACUGGCUAACCGUUCAUUGACACACCCCCAAGGUAUUAUUGAAGACGUUCUUAUCAAAGUGGACAAAUUGAUCUUUCCCGCUGAUUUUAUUGUUCUUGAUAUGGAGGAAGAUGACGAUGUUCCAAUUAUUUUGGGAAGACCAUUUUUGGCCACUGGUCAAGCCUUGAUAGAUGUUCAAAAAGGAGAAUUAAGGCUAAGGGUGCAAGAUGAUAAGGUUGUAUUUAAUGUGUUCCGGGCUUUGAAGUAUCCUAGAGCAAUUGAUAGUUGCUUUAGUGUAAAUGUAAUUGAGGAACAAUUUUCAAAGACACAACUUGUUGAAGAUCCGCUUGAGAUGAACCUUAAUGCGCAAGGAGGGGAAGACUGUGAUGGUAUUGAGGUUCUUGAAUAUAUAAAUUGGCUAAACUCCGCUGGCCCUAUUUAUAAGAAGAAAUAUGAGGAACUUGGACAAGGGCCUGAGAGACCACUACCAUCGAUAAAGAAACCACCAGUACUUUUGAAAACUUUACCAGAUCAUCUUAAAUACGCUUAUUUGGGUAAGAAUGAUACUCUCCCUGUUAUUAUUUUUGCUUCAUUAUCUACUGUUGAAGAGGAAAAAUUAUUAAGAGUACUUCGAGCUCAUAAAUUGGUCAUUGGCUGGACUUUAGUUGAUAUAAAAGGAAUUAGCCCAUCUAUUGUUAUGCACUGUAUUCUCAUGGAGGAGGACAGUAAGGCUAGUAUUGAUGCUCAAAGGAGGCUAAAUCCUGCUAUGAAAGAGGUGGUUCGAAAAGAAAUUUUUAAGUGGUUAUAUGCUGGUGUUAUUUAUCCAAUCUCAGAUAAUGGGUAUACUGGUUAUCACCAAAUACCUAUUGCUCCCGAAGAUCAAGAGAAAACAACUUUUACUUGUCCUUAUGGUACAUUUGCUUUCCCUAGAAUGCCAUUUGGUUUAUGCAAUGCUCCUGCUACUUUUCAGAGACGCAUGAUGUCAUUAUUUUUUGAUAUGGUGGAGAAGAGCAUUGAAAUAUUUAUGGUUGAUUUCUCAAUCUUUGGCCCAUCAUUUGAUAUGUGUCUACAGAAUUUGGAGAAGGUGUUAAAGAGAUGCGAAAAAUCUAAUUUGGUCCUGAAUUGGGAAAAAUGUCACUUUAUCAUGAGUGAAGGAAUUUUUUUGGGCCAUAAGAUUUCCAACAAAGGAGUAGAAGUAGAUCGUGCGAAGGUUUCAACUAUUGAGAACUUGCCUCCUCCAAUUUAG